AUGCAUAAGGUGCUCCACCGGUUCCCUAACCCAGACAAAGAUAUGGAACGUUUCAAAACAUGGGUGUAUGCUAUCGGUCCCAUUUUGUUGGGCUUAGAAGAUAAAUACAUAUAUAAAUACCGUCGUGUGUGCCGUUCACACUUCAUUGUAAAGCAUUGUUGCCGGAAUAACAGAAUCAGUAAUAUCGCAUUGCCAAUACUGAAUAUGCCAGAUGUUACGAAAGAUAUACAUAAAAAUUUAUGUGUACCGAAAGUUACGCAAAAGCAUUUGGAUACAUUGCAGUCAUCAACACCUGAAGCUCUAGCCCCAAUUACAAAUCACGAUGUGGACUACUCAUGGCAUUGUGAAGACGUGGAAGAAGACAUUACAGAGAAAGAAAACUUUGAGUUGUUUUGCUGCUGUUGCUUAACUACACAAGUGAAGACGUUGUAUGAUUUAAAUAAGAUCAAUUUGAAGAUCGCCUUGGAAGAAAUCCUCGGAUAUGAGAAGUCCGAGACUGAUAAUGGUCGUCAGUACAUAUGCGCGUGUUGCGCAACGCUGUUGAUGAAGUGUAUAGAGUUCAGGGAGAGAUGUAGACGAGCGGACGCGCUCGUGCAGAAGCUGAGGAGUGUCGACAUGCUUGGCUGUUCUUCAUCCGUGCUCGCAUGGUUCUCCUCUUAUCUUCAUGGACGCCAGCAGGCAGUACGAUUGAAAAUGGAGUAUGUCACAUCAAUAGAGAGGCCUUAUUACAGUCUAGAUAUGAAUUUGUCUAUAUCAGAGCCUCUGUACAUGUGCACUGAUGAAUUUGUCGAGGAAAACAAAGCUGAUGUUGAAAACGAAAAGAUAAGGGAAAAGGGGUGUAUGAAAUGUGAGAAGAGGGAUGUUUUAAUUGAAAAGGAGCCAGACAAUGAAGUUAAAGAUCAAUCGAAGAGUAUAAUCGAUGAAGCCGAGCGUCUAAAUGAUGUUAAAAAACAAAAAGAUCCCGAUGUUUUACUCGAUGCUGAAGAGGAUGUUGAUGAUGUGGAAUUCUUCGUUCAUGAGAAGCCGAAGAAGCAUGUCUUCAGAGUCGAGAUGUACGAAGAGAAGUAUAAUAUGGAUGUGGUAUCUCUCACCCCGGAACAGCAAGUGAUGGAUAUGCAGAGUAGAAAGUUGACCGAUAAUUAUCUGAAGGCGAGUCACAGGUGCGAGAGUUGCAGUAAAGGCUUCUUCUCAGAAGCGACCCUCGUGAACCAUUACAACGCGACCCACCACCCCGACCUUGGCGAUCACGUGUGCGAUCUGUGCACCGCCAGGUUUAAACACAGGAGGAUGCUCACUGGUCAUAUGCUCACGCACAGAUACAGGUUCAAAUGUAAGCUGUGCGACUUUUCUACCACCCGGAAGUACACAGUCAAGGGUCAUCACAAUUGGCACCAAGGCGUUCGAUUCACAUGCGAACGAUGUGGAAAGACCUUCAUCAAGAAGACCUCGUUCCUCUCCCACGUGAGGAUCCAGCAUCCGAACGAGGAAGUCUGGUGCAGAUACUGCGGCGAAUCGUUCAUCAGCGAUUCCGGAUUGCGGACACACAGACGCCUGAUGCAUACAAACGUUAUAGAGUUCAUAUGUGCCAAGUGCGGUGAAGCUUUCCUCAAUUCUGAAGCGUUGGCUGUGCAUAAUAACGUGGAGUGCUCAGAAUUUCCUUGUGCUCGGUGCGGUGAGAGUUUCAACGAUCAGAAACUGUUGAAAGUGCACGUGUUAGCUAGACACGCUAAGAGUGUAGGUUUGUCGAGGAAAUGUGAAGUGUGCAGCAAGAUAUUUAGGAAUUAUACAGCGCUGAAACAUCACUGUGAAUUGACAUCGGGUGUGUGUUUAGAGUUGAGUCCGUGUCCACAGUGCGGGGACAGUUUUGAAAGUGAGGAGUUACUGCAGAUGCAUGUGACCAGUGCACACCGAAUACACUGCAUUAUGUGUAACAAAACGUUCGCCAGCGAGCCCGCGUUCGCGAUCCAUCACAAACGUGUCCACUUGGGUGUGAAGAUUAACAAGUCGCUCGUCGUCUGCGAAAUUUGCGGGAAGAAAUGUAUAAAUAACGCCUAUUAUUUAAAACACCGGCGAAUACACAAUGGCGAGAUGUACGAGUGCACCGAGUGUCCGAAGAAAUUCAGUCUUCUUCACAGGUUUAAGGAUCAUCUACGUGUCCACACCGGUGAGACUCCUUACAAAUGCAAACUUUGCCCGAAGGCGUUCAAACGCCACGCUGGCUUGCAUCGUCAUAAAACUGUACACACGGGGGCGAAGCCCUACGCUUGCCCCCAAUGUGGCAGGUGUUUCUCGCAGUCUAACUCGAUGAAAGCACACGUGAGGGCGGUACAUUUGAAGAUACCGGCGCCCUACAGGGAUAGGCGACAACGUUCUGAGAAACUAAAGACUACAAUAGCUAACUUAUCGCACGCAAAUAAAAAUGAUAACCAGAAUAUACUAUGCUAA